AUGAGCCACAGCAACCUCCCCGACAGCAAUAACGCGCUUGUCCAGAAUGCGCCGCCUCUCGCUCCAGUCGAGGCCACCUCCCCCAUGCCUCUAGAAGCCAAGUCUGUCUCCUCACCAUCAACAACCUCUCGAAUAAUACAAAAAGGCUCUCCCGAGUCCGGAAAUAACCAUGCCUUGGACGCCGAGAAUGACUCCGAGGCUGAGACUUUGAUCGUAUCGCCCGUCAAGAAACGCGACAUGCUCAAGCAGUCAACGUCCGCUCAAGCGCUAGAGAGCAUUGACGAGAUUCCUGAGAAGUCUGCUGCUUCGCCCAGAGAUAUUCGGCCACAUGUCGCUUGUGACGCUUCGAUCGACAAUGCCCAGACUAACGGUGAUAAGCUACACAAGGAUGAGGAGCAGGUGGUCGACAAGGACGUCAAGAUGGACGAACAGGACACCCGCGCCAACGGACAAAAUCAGGACAGCGACAGUGACAACCUGAGUGAUGUCUCCUCUAUACAAUCAUUCGAGGACGAAAAUGUAAACGAGAAUGACGCGAACAAUAACGAGAACGACGAUGAGGAUGACGAAGACGAGGACGCAAGAUCAUGGGCAUCAGACAAGGACGACGAAGGACGAACAGCAAAUCCACGAAAACGCAAGCAUACCGACGUAGAUCAACCGCGCCGGAAACGGAGAUCCAGCCAAGAGCACUCAAUCUCUCCGCAAUUGCGUAGACACCGCCGGACUGCUUCAGCACAAUCGACUAGGCCAAGCCAGAGCCGGAGCAACAGUGGACAGCAUUCACACACAGCCGGCGUUGCACGGCAACGACGCGCCGCUACUCACUUCCCGGUCCGUGAGAACAUGCUUGCAAGGAACGUCUGGGACUCGGAUACUUCAUCCGAAACAUCACAUCAAUAUCCCAAAAGCAGACUUACUCGAAACACCAGCCGUGCUGUUUCAACACCAGGUCGACCAAUGGGUUUAGCAAAGCGCCACGUCAACAAAUACGGCUUUACUCGCCUGGCCGAGGCAUGCGAGAAUGGCGAUCUUGAUGGCGUCAAAGAGUGGCGCGUGAAAGACCCCGAGCAACUCGAGCAGCGUGAGUUUGCUGGAAAUACGCCUCUGCAAGUCGCUUCUCUCAAUGGCUAUCCCGAGAUUGUGAGUUACCUGCUCGAGCAGGGCUGCAAUCCACAUUGCGCGAACGCGGACAAGGACACUCCUCUUAUCGACGCGGUCGAAAACGGCCAUCUCGAUGUUGUUCAAAUCCUCCUAAAGGCUGGAAUCAAUCCUCUUCACUGCAAUCUCAAAGGCCAACAAGCUCUCGAUGUCAUCACCAAAGAGACCGACAACGCUACCGAGAUUCGUGCUGUUUUGCGCGAAGCCAUCGAAGACUGGAACAAGAACGGCAGAUCCGAACAAACAUACAAUGUUGAAGAACCUGCUUCAAGACCUGGACCAAAGCAAGGACUUCAAUUUCUUGCACGCACAUACGAAAACCUCCUCAAGCUUGUUAGCGACAACGACAGGACGGCCGUACAAGAGUUUCUCGAUGCCCGGGUGCCUGUUGACAAUAACGUCGUAGCAGCAGCGGCAAAGACUGGAGACCUUUACCUUGUGAACAUGCUUCUCGCCGAGAUGAACCCUAAGAAGGCUCGUCAAAGACCCGACAGACCCAUGCUCUCAGUUAUUGGAACUUCUCACUUCGACAUGGUCAAGGCUCUGACUGAACUCGAUCAAUUCGAUCCCACCUGGCGCUCUAAGAGCAGCAAUCUGACAUGGUACGAAAUCGCAGAGUCCAAACAGGGACCGAGAUGGAGAGAGGAAAAGGCACUCUUGCAAAAGCUAUAUGAGAAGGCCGAAACCGCCAGGAAACUCAGCUCCAGCCCAGUCGCUCGACGUGAGCCUACCAAGAAACGACGCAGAAGUGUGGAACGCCAUAACGACUCGGAUGUGGAGAUGGAAGACGCCGAUUCGCCAGAAAGAGCACGAAGCAGAAGACGUUUGGUCUCUAAGAAGGACAUGCGCACGGAAAGCAGAAAACGAUCAUCUUCUGAGCUCUCCGAUGUUGCACCUCCUAGAAGACAUGGUGAACGACUCUCGGAUCAGACCUCUCUCAAACCUCCUGGCCCACGGAAAGUAGGACGCCCACGAAAGCACAGCAAUUCUCACCUUUCCGAACCACAGCCCAAACGACACCGCUCAUCCUCGAUGAUCGAGCCUACGGCAGAAACCCACACCACACACGAUUCCGAAGACGAUGCUCAGCAUGACGAUGAUGAUGAUAUCAAGAUGGAAGAACCUGAUCGCGAGGCUGCAGAAGCGGAGGCCAAUCGCAAAGCCGAUCUCAAUGCCAAGGUCAAUGCUCAGAAACUGGCGGACCAAUUGCGUAAGGACGAACAGGCUCGAAAAGAGGAGGAGGCUGCACGACGCAAGGAAGCUGAGCGCAAGGCCGAAGAGAUACGCCAGCAACACGAGAGAAAGCUAGCAGAGGAGCGCCGUCUGGAACGCGAGAGAAAAGUGCAAGCCCUUCCAAGUGCUCUGGCUCACAUCGUCAGUCUGACGGAAGUUCGUGGAAAGGAGAGACAGACAUAUAUUCAGAGACACUUUCUUCCUGUUCAGGUUGUCAAGCGGGCUGAUCUAGCAGAUCUGCCGGAUGAGGGCAAGCCCGACGACCUCUGGAUGCUCAGUUACCAGGCCGCCGCGAUACUCACAGGGAAGGACGCAAAUGCUCUCUUGGACCUUCCGCUUGAUACCAAGGCAGAGUCAUCGUCACUCUCUGGAGCGUCAACAGCUGAGGUGACCGAAGAGCAACGUCGCUUGAUGCUGGCAUGUUUACAGUCAACAAGUUUGGUUCACGGGCUUCCCUCGAAUGAGGACAUGGAAACAUCGGAACCAGGAAACUUGUUGGAAGAGCUUGCAGAAGCUGAGAAAAUCCAGCAACGCAUCAAGGAAGACCGAACCAAAUUUCUCAGCAUGACUUCUCUUCGGUGGAUGCGCUUCAGCGACUUCUACAACCUUGCGACAUCGGCCGAGUAUCCUCACCUAGCCGGACUGGAUAUCCAAAUGAGAUUUGACUGCUGUCUCGAUCCGUUCCCAUUCUCGACAGACGUCAAGACAAGCAACGGCACGAACGAGCACGACAAGGAUAAAGAAGGAGUCAAUGGCACGAACGGCACCGACGAAAGGGGCCUUUCCGCGGCUGGACCCGGAGUUACGACGAUUACGGUUGUACAGGAUUGA